GGCACCCUGCAGCAACACUUGGCUAACAUGCCCUUUUUUCCCACAGUCGGCAAGGGGCGCAAGCCCAGAUUUGACCUGCAUCUCAAGAUUUUCGAUCUAAACAACGUGCCGCUCGUUUCUGGCACAUCAUUCAUCAAAUGGCAUCUACCUCAUUCUAUGCAUGCAGAGCAUCGUGGCCGCACCGCAAAAGCGGCCAUUGCGAAUCACCGAGUUGAGUACAACUUCAGCAAGGUGAUUACCGGGGUCCGAAUGUCCGUCGACAGAAACAACCACCUCAACGAGUGCCUCUUGGAGCUCGAAGUUGUCCAAGAGUUUGCCCUUACCGAGAAGAUUACCCUUGGUCAUAUCAAGAUUAACCUUGCCGAGUUUGUCGAAGAGAGCGAAAGCCUUCUGAGGGAUCCUGCCUCGCCGCCAUCAUCCAGAAGACGCACCAAUAGCGCCGGACUGAGCCCUACAAGUGCUAGGGAUUUGAAACUGUCCGAUGAGAUCCAGAGAGAGUGUGAAGAUGGCAUCGUGCGCAGGUACCUCAUGCAAGACAGCAAGGUCAACAGCACUCUCAAAGUGAGCAUCCUCCUCAUCCAGGUCGAUGGCGAACGCAACUUCAUCGCGCCACCUUUGAAAACGGCGCCCGUAUUCGGGGGAAUUGUAGGCUUCAUGGCGCCGGAGCAGAACGAGGACGAGGUAGUGGGACCUUUGCCAAACUUGUCUAAGAACCGAGAUGUUGCCGAGGUCCAAGAUCUGUAUCGCCGGACCCUCGCAGCGUCGUGGACUCGUCAACCCUCAGAGCUUCCCACUGAUGAAUGCAUCGAGGACAUCUUCUCUGGUGGCAACGGCUGGAGAACCAAGAAUAGAAGCGCCACCAGCCCCGAUUCCGAAGAUGAAUACUACGAGGAGGACGGCGAGAACUCGGGAGCCCUACGACCACCUGAAUAUCGUCGCAUGGCCAUGAACCACCGCCGCAACCAUUCCAAUUCGUCAUCUCACUUCCGCCCGGGAAGCUCCUUUCAACUCCACAGCCCCAAUCCUCACCAUCGCCGUACCCAUUCGGGGUCAAGCGAUAAGAGCGUUUCGACAGUCACGGGUGGAGGCAAUCGCAAUCCGUUUAAGAAGGGCGUGCGAAUUCGGGAGGACGGCCGCGAAUCGACAGCCAGGGACGACGACAUGGCCAGCACUAAGAGCGUUGCCAGCCUGAUGAGUUUGGCGCCAACGCUCGGGAGCAGCGAGCGCGAGAGGGAGAGCAUGAAGCGCGCAAAGGAGAUUGGGGAGUCCGACGUGAGAGAUGAUUUAGUUGCUUGGAGUUUACCUGGGAGCGUCACCGUCUAA